GCUAGAGUGUGCUGCACGGGAAACGGUUGCGAUCAAAGCGAGUGGAGCAGUCGUAGCAGUCGAGUCAAGUUGGUGUGGUUUCCGUGGGAAAGCAGUUAAGUUUUACUGAAAGUGUGGUUUUUCCCAAUCCUGGAGGAAGCGAAGUGCAAGUCCCGGUUUUGAGCGAGAGGAGCGAAGAGUGUGCGAAAGAGUAAGAGAGAAGAGUGAGAGCCAGCCGGUUUCGCCAAAGAUUGUUGGUUGGUUGGUGUGUCGAGAGAUAUCGAAGCAGAAGGGAGAGAAAUAGCGAGAAGCCCCGCGCGCGCUUACAGCCUACUGAAUUUCUUUAGAAGAACUAAAGUCGCCCAACACACCACAGAGCAGAAAAGAUGAUGUCGACUAACACUUGCUUCAAGUGCGACCGUCCCGGUCAUUAUGCCCGCGACUGCCAGAACGUUGGAGGCGGCGGUGGCCGUGGAGUCGGUGGACCGCGUGACCGUCGGGACUUCGGAAGACGGGAGAAGUGCUACAAGUGUAACCAGAUGGGACACUUUGCCCGUGACUGCAAGGAGGAUCUGGACCGGUGCUACCGGUGCAAUGGCAGCGGUCAUAUUGCGCGCGAUUGCAGUCUGUCCCCGGAUGACUCGUGUUGCUACAACUGCAACCAGAGCGGUCAUCUGGCCCGCAACUGCCCGGAGAAGAGCGACCGCGACAUGAACGUGUCGUGUUACAACUGUAACAAGAGCGGCCACAUCUCGCGUAACUGUCCGUCGGGCGACAAGUCGUGCUAUAGCUGUGGCAAGAUCGGCCACUUGAGUCGCGACUGCACAGAGAACAAGGGUCGGGAUUAG